CCAACCUCAAAUAUCAAAUAUAUUGAAAAAGUGAAAGGAGCCGUUUACUAAAUUUACUACAAAUUUAAAAUGUUAUCGACUAUACGAGCGGUUGGAAAUGGUUUGAGACGUUCUUUGGGAGUAAGAUCUGUUCAAACUUCUACUUCACUUCAACAUGAUAGCUUAUUUGUACAUAGAGACACCCCUGAGGACAACCCAGAUGUUCCCUUCGAAUUCACUAGUGAAAAUUUGAAGAGAAUCAUUGCUAUCCUAGCUAUAUAUCCAGAAGGUCAUAAAAGAGCAGCAAUGAUUCCUCUAUUAGAUCUUGCCCAAAGACAACAUGGAUGGUUACCCAUUUCUGCUAUGCAUAAGGUUGCAGAAAUAAUUAACGUGCCCAGAAUGCGAGUUUAUGAGGUUGCUACGUUUUACACUAUGUUCAUGAGAAAACCAACCGGGAAAUAUCAUGUCCAAGUAUGCACUACUACUCCCUGUUGGUUAAGGGGUUCCGAUGAAAUUUUAGAAGCAGUGAAGAAAAAUUUGUGUUUAGAAGUUGGUGAAACUAGUGAUGAUGGUUUAUGGACGAUUUCAGAAGUAGAAUGCUUGGGCGCCUGUGUUAAUGCACCCAUGAUUCAAAUCAAUGAUGAUUACUAUGAAGAUUUAACGAUAGAUGAUACAAAUGAAAUACUUUCCGAUCUUAAGGCCGGCAAAAAACCAGCUCCUGGGCCUAGGAGUGGCAGAUUUGCUGCGGAACCCAUUGGUGAGCCUACAUCCCUAAAAGGCGAACCUCCAGCUCCCGGGUUUGGAGUGAGGGCCGAUUUAUAAGUGAAAAUUUAAAUAAUUGUAAUAUAUUUAAUAGUAAUAUAUAAGUAACAAUUUA